AUGGAUUUCCAAAAUCGACCUGGUGGGAAAACCGGCGGUGGUGGCGUAGCAUCAUGGUCGGAAAGCAACAGGGAUCGUCGCGAAAGGCUUCGUCAACUUGCGUUAGAGACUAUAGAUUUAAAUAAAGAUCCUUAUUUUAUGAAAAAUCAUUUAGGAUCUUACGAAUGCAAACUAUGUUUAACGCUUCACAAUAACGAGGGCAGUUAUUUAGCUCACACACAAGGUAAAAAACAUCAAGCCAAUUUAGCUCGAAGAGCUGCCAAGGAAGCUAAAGAAGCACCACAACAGCUGGCACCGGAGAAACCACGAAUUGAGCCAAAGAAAUUUGUAAAAAUUGGUCGACCAGGUUAUAGAGUUACAAAGCAAAAGGACCCAGAAAAUGCUCAACAAAGUCUGCUUUUCCAAGUCGACUAUCCAGAAAUUGCUGAAGGUGUACAACCAAGGCAUAGAUUCAUGUCAGCAUAUGAACAGAAGAUAGAGCCACCGGAUCGCAGGUGGCAGUACUUACUCUUUGCUGCAGAGCCUUAUGAAACAAUAGCAUUUAAGGUGCCUAGCCGUGAAGUUGAGAAACAUGAUUCCAAGUUUUGGACUCACUGGAACAAGGACACAAAACAGUUCUUUUUGCAGUUUGCAUUUAAAAUUGAGCCUCUACGAAUGCCACCUCCACCCCCCAAAAUGUGGGAGAACCAUGGCAUUAGACUUCCUCCUCCUCCAGGGGCACCACUUAUGGGUGUACCUCCUCCACCACCACUGCUGCCAGUCCCUCCUCCACCACCGUCCAUGUCG